AUGGGUGAAAAAAGAGAAGGACUCAUAUCUUUUUUCAAGCAUAUCUGUACAAUUACAUCUGAAAACACACAUGAUACUGAAAAAAUUAAUCUAAACAUUGCCGCGACCACUGGCAUCACUGCUUCUGGUAUUGGUUAUUCUCAAUUUGAAGAGCUAUGUUCAGCAAUAGACGUUCCAGUAUUUACUCCGAAUUCUUACACCAAAUAUCAAGAUCAGGAGGUUAUCAAGGUAGGUGUUCAGGCAGUAGUGUCAUUCAACAACAAAUCAGCAAUAUCCAUAGUUCAAUCGGCUUUUACUGGCAAAUGUCCCGGAGGAAAUGCUGUGAUUGUAGAAAGAAAAAGGUCUCAAAAACGGAAGAUAAAUUUUGAACAUCCAAAAAAGAAAAGAAUAUUAAAGGAAAUUAACAAAAAGCAACAUGAUUAUGGUCCAGCAAGUGCAGCACCUGAUAUCUCUCCUCAACAGUUAGAAAAAGCUAAAGAAGAAUUUAUGAAAAAUUUGAAGGAUGUUACAUGUCAUAGGAAUGCUAUUGAAAGGGCUACCGUAUUGCAAAGGGACAGCAGUGAAUGGCUUGAGUUAAGAAAAAAUCUUGUUACAGCUUAA